AUGGGAAUCAAACAUCUCUACCAGGUCAUUUCUGAGAAUGCCCCCGAUGCGGUCAAGACGGGCGAAAUCAAAAACCAUUUCGGCCGCAAGGUUGCCAUUGUACGUAUAAACAGGAUAUCCAUGAGCAUUUACAGCUUCUUGAUCGCCGUCCGUUCAGACGGUCAACAACUAAUGAGCGAUGCUGGCGAAACCACCUCUCAUCUCAUGGGCAUGUUCUAUCGCACGCUACGAAUUGUCGACAAUGGUAUCAAACCCCUCUACGUGUUUGACGGUGCCCCUCCAAAACUCAAAGGCGGCGAACUCGCGAAACGAUCAGCGCGGAAGAGGGAAGCUCACGAGGCUCACGAAGAAGCCAAGGAGACCGGUACGGCAGAAGACAUGGAGAAAUUCUCGCGAAGGACAGUUCGGGUUACUCGCGAGCAUAAUGAAGAGUGCAAGAAGCUUUUGAAGUUGAUGGGAGUUCCGUACAUUGAUGCCCCGACCGAAGCUGAAGCGCAGUGUGCGGUUUUGGCUCGUGCGGGUAAAGUGUACGCUGCCGCUUCGGAAGAUAUGGACACGCUAUGCUUUGAGGCGCCGAUUCUACUACGUCAUUUGACUUUUAGCGAACAACGGAAGGAACCCAUUCAGGAGAUUCAUCUGGACAAGGCUCUUGAAGGUCUUGGCAUGGACAGGAAGCAGUUCAUCGACCUCUGUAUUCUCUUGGGCUGUGAUUAUCUAGAACCCAUCCCCAAAGUCGGCCCCAAUACAGCAUUGAAACUCAUUCGCGAACAUGGCUCUCUCGAAAAGGUGGUGGAAGCUAUUGAAAGUGACCCCAAGAAGAAAUACGUCAUUCCCGACGACUGGCCGUACAAGGAAGCGCGCGAACUCUUCUUCAACCCGGACGUGAGGAAGGCUGAUGAUCCGCAAUGCGACUUUAAAUGGGAGAGUCCCGAUGUGGAAGGACUAAUCCAAUUCUUAGUCACAGAGAAAGGAUUCAGUGAAGAUCGAGUUCGCAACGGCGCAGCGCGAUUGGCCAAAAAUCUCAAGUCCGCACAGCAGUCUCGGCUGGAAGGGUUUUUCAAACCGGUAACCAAGACUGAGGCAGAGAAAGCGAGCUUGAAACGCAAACAUGAUGAAAAGAUUGAAGAGCAGAAGAAGCGGAAGAAGGAAGAGGCCAAAGCUAAGAAGGAAGCCAAAGCGCGGCCGCGGGGUGCUGUAUGAGUGAUGAAGCAGAGGACUGUGUUUUGCUUCUGUUCUCCCUUCGAUGGGAGCCCCCCUAAAGAUACAGCGUGUGCAUAUAGCAAGGCGUUACGGCGUUCGGCACAGGGAAUAAGUUUGUCGUCUAUCUAGAAUACGUCACCCCAGAUUUCUCCCCAAGUUAAAUGGAAUUUUUCCAGUGACAACUACUUUCUUGUCAUUUGAUGUUUGAAUAAAGCCAUCAGAAUAUUCAUACAAAAAUUCAACGUAUCAAUCCUCCAAAUACACUCGAGAUCACCGAAAAUGUAUUCCGAUGACUAACAAACUCACCCAACUUUGCGACCGUGAUCUUGCCUAAACCAGGCAAAAAUAAAACCAAAUAUCAU